GCCCCCUCCCCCCCCCCAAAAAAAUCAGGGCUGAGGGAAGCGCGCGGGCGGACUUGAGGGGGCGAAGGGCGCUGAUAGAGCUGGAAGUUGUGGCUGGCGAGAAGCGAAGGAAGGGGAAACGGCUCGCCAUGCGCCGGAAUCCCUUACCUUAGUUAGCGAGCUCGAGCGCGGAGUGAAGCCCGGACUCUCCGAAGCAGAAGCAGCAGCGGCAGCAGGAUGCCGGAAGCAGCAUGAGAGAAGCUUCACAGUAGAGCGUUAUGAAAAUAUAUUAUGGAGCUGGGAUGAAGAAAAGGCAGAACCACAGCUCUGCAGUUCUGAAAAAAGUAUUAUCUUUGGGCUAUCAUGGACACGUUGAAAUGAUUCAUAUCUUCUAUUCUGCACAGAGAAUAGGUUGGGGCAGAGAGGAACAGUGUAGUGUGUUUCUGAGUGAGCAACGCAACGUCUACAUUAAUCGUUAGUAUGUCACGAUUGACAGACUAAAUAAAGCCCCCAAACUUGGUAAUGGAAAGAUGGCGGCCUUCCGAAGCUGGUAGAUCUGGAAAUAAGGUUCUUCAAUAUUAUCUCACUUACUAUGAUGUCAGAAAUUAAUGCCAACUUGACAGUCAACCUCAGCACAUCUACAGAUGAGCCAAGAACUGGCCUCUCUAGAACAGGUCACACCAUUGUGGCCGUUUUUCUUGGGUUCAUAUUACUUUUUGGCUUCUUGAAUAACUUGAUCGUCCUCAUUCUCUUCUGCAAGUUCAAAACCCUGCGCAACCCUGUGAACAUGCUGCUGCUGAACAUCAGUGCCAGCGAUAUGUUGGUGUGCAUCUCGGGUACCACAUUCAGUUUCGUAUCCAACAUCUAUGGCAAGUGGAUUGGAGGGGAGCAUGGCUGCCGGUGGUACGGCUUUGUCAAUUCCUGUUUCGGCAUUGUGUCUUUGAUCUCGCUGGCCAUUCUGUCUUACGAACGUUACAGCACCCUCACCAGUAAACGUGGCUCUGACUACCAAAAGGCUCUGUUAGGAGUUGGGGGCUCCUGGCUCUAUUCUCUGGUCUGGACAGUGCCCCCUCUCAUUGGCUGGAGCAGCUAUGGGCUCGAGCGGGCAGGCACCAGCUGUUCUGUCCGAUGGACCUCUGAAUCACCAGAGUCGGUGUCGUACAUCAUCUGCCUUUUCAUAUUCUGCUUAGUCAUCCCCGUAAUAGUGAUGAUAUACUGCUACACCCGCCUCUUUUAUGAUGUCAAACAGGUUGGAAAAAUACGGAGGAAUUCUGCCCGUAAAAGAGAAUUCCACGUCCUCUUCAUGGUGAUCACGACCAUCAUCUGUUACCUGAUUUGCUGGAUGCCCUAUGGAGUUAUAGCUCUCCUUGCAACAUUCGGUAGGCCAGGCUUGGUGUCCCCGGUAGCAAGCGUCAUACCAUCUAUUCUGGCAAAGAGCAGCACUGUAUGCAAUCCAAUCAUCUACAUACUUAUGAACAAACAGUUCUACAAAUGCUUUCUGAUGCUUUUCCACUGCCAACCUCCUUCAGCGGCUGACGGAGAAACCACCUGCCAGUCAAAGGUCACAGUCAUCCGACUGAACCAGAAAGCAGAAGGUGGAGCCACUAACCAAGCACUUCCCCAAGUGGACGAAAAAAUGGACCGCCUUCUGAGCCCAGAGUCAAGCCCAGAGCCUGUUUCAGACAGCCCACCACAGAUGUCCAAGGAAAAUUCAUUCCUGUGAACGAGUAUAAGCUGUUGCCUAAUCCAUCUAUAUCAUAUAUGUUACAGUUUUAUUGCCAGCUUGCUUUGUUGCCCCCUAAGGAAUCUGCUGUGUGUUAAGAAGGAACAAAACAGAAUGUGUUGCUAUUAACUGUUUCUAACUCUGAAUCAAGUAGGAAUUAUAUUAUUAUCAUUGCUGCCAAGUUAUCCCUUUUUUACAGGGAUUUUCCCUUAUGCUGAAUAGGCUUCCUCGCGAGAAAAGGGAAAACUUGGCAGCUAUGAUUAUUAUAGCACCAAAAAAAAGUGGUGCUCUAGAUAUGCAAGGGGAUAAUGUAAUGGGGUAGCUGCUUGAAGUUAAUGGUAGAUGCCUCGAUGCCCAUUCUAUUGUGGUUAGCUUCCUCUGCUUCAGCUUCACAAAAAUCUCAUUCAAGAUCUUUGUAACCUGAUAAGCACUGACCGCUAGAAUAGUUUUCAAAUGUGUACUAAGUCACAGUAUUAACUGGUUGUUGUUUUUUUAAAAGAGUAGUAAAUAUGCACUAGCUCACACACCUGCUGGUUCAUAUUGAGGCUGGUAAUAAACUUUAAAUAUUCUGAUUCACUUUCACAACACAAAACGUAGAUCUCCCUUCUCAAGCAAGUACAAUGAUUUAGUAUCAGUCAGAUUAGGAGGGGGCAGGGUUAUAAGGAACAUCAUUAUUGUUAUUAAACGAUGGUGGGACAGCGACUUCAUUUUAGCCAAUAUAUGCGCACCAAGAGAUAGCUCAGUCGGUUAAGCAUGAGACUCUUAAUCACAGGGUUGUGGGUUCAAGCCCCACGUUGGGCAAGAGAUUCCCCCAUGGUCCAUUCAAAAUCUACAUGUACAAAUAACCUACAUAUUUAUGGUUUUAACUUUGAAAAAAACAUAUUGUCCCCAGGUUAGAAAUCUACAGCUGUAACAGGAAACUUCAUUUUAAUUACUGUUUGAGAUAUCCCUCCUCAGUUAUGUGCUUGCUACUGCUUUUGUAAAGCACACUCCCAUGCCUAAGAUGUCAACAUGGACAACCCUAUCCUCAGCCCUUGCUCACCGUUAGGUACCUGAUGUGAAUCUGUUUCCCACUUCCCCCUGCCUAAUAGUAUUUCCCUGCCCUAUGUAUUUCUUAAAGGUGAAAUACGAAGGCACAAAUGCAGACAAUUCCAGCAAAGGAGAAAAGUGGGAGCCGUCUAGAGAAACCGGUGUGGCUGCAUAAGGAGCUUACAGAUGAGGUGAGAUUUAAGGAGGGCGUGUAUUAUUAAGAAAUGAAAGAAAGGGAAAUGACGAAGGAAGAGUAUACACACAUAGCCAACUGUUGCAGGGGGAAUGUCCGGGGUGGGGCAAAGCUCAGAAAGAAGUUCAGGCUUGGGCUAUGUUCGAAGCAAGAGGAGGAACAUGUGAGUGGUAGGUUCUUUGCAGUGCCCAACCUGGCAAUAGCAGAAUGAAUGAUGCAAGAAGGACGCUGCAGCCCAAAAUAGGAAAAGAGGUUGUAAGGGAACACCUAGUUACUUUAAAUGAAUUCAAAUCUCCAGGGCCUGGAUCCAGGGGUACCAAAGGAGCUUAUGAAUGCAAUCUCAGAGCCUUCGUCUAUAAUCUCUGAGAAUUCUUUGAGAACAGGUGAGGUCCCUGUAGACUGGAGGCAGACAAAUAUAGUCCCCAUCUUCAAAAAGGGCAAAAGAAGAAGAUUCAAGUAACUACUGAAUGGUCAGUUGUUGUUGUUUAGUCGUUUAGUCGUGUCCGACUCCUCGUGACCCCAUGGACCAUAGCACACCAGGCACUCCUGUCUUGCACUGCCUCCCGCAGUUUGGUCAAACUCAUGUUCGUAGCUUCGAGAACACUGUCCAACCAUCUUGUCCUCUGUCGUCCCCUUCUCCUAGUGCCCUCAAUCUUUCCCAGCAUCAGGGUGUUUUCCAGGGAGUCUUCUCUUCUCAUGAGGUGGCCAAAGUAUUGGAGCCUCAGCUUCACGAUCUAUCCUUCCAGUGAGCACUGAGGGCUGAUUUCCUUCAGAAUGGAUAGGUUUGAUCUUCUUGCAGUCCAUGGGACUCUCAAGAGUCUCCUCCAGCACCAUAAUUCAAAAGCAUCAAUUCUUCGGCGAUCAGCCUUCUUUAUGGUCCAGCUCUCACUUCCAUACAUCACUACUGGGAAAACCAUAGCUUUAACUAUACGGACCUUUGUCGGCAAGGUGAUGUCUCUGCUUUUUAAGAUGCUGUCUAGGUUUGUCAUUGCUUUUCUCCCAAGAAGCAGGCGUCUUUCAAUUUUGUGACUGCUGUCACCAUCUGCAGUGAUCAAGGAGCCCAAGAAAAUAAAAUCUCUCACUGCCUCCAUUUCUUCCCCUUCUAUUAGCCAGGAGGUGAUGGGAGGUCAGUUAUGGAAUCAUAAAACGGUAGAGUUGGAAAUGACCACAAAGCCAAUCUAGUCCAAUCUCCUGCAACCCAGAAAUCUUUUGCCCAUGUGGGGCUUGAACCUGUGACGCUGAGAUUUAAGAGUCUCAUGCUCUACUGAACUAUCCCAGCCGUAUAGCCUGGAAAAGAGGAGACCGAGAGGACAUUAUGAUAACCAUCUUCAAAUAUCUUUGGGCUGUCACAUGGUAGACAGAGCAAGCUUGCUUUCUCAUGCUUGGGAAGAGAAGGACCUGAAGUUCAAGUUACAAGAAAGGAGAUUAUGACUAAACACCAGGAAAAACUUUCUAACAUCAAGAGCUAUUCAACAGUGGAACAGACUCCCUUGAAAGGUGGUGGACUCUCCUUCCAUUGUAGACUCUCAUACAUAGCAAUGACAAUCCAUGCACCAUUACACAGAAUUAUCUUCUACAUCAAUGUAGAAUUCAUUAGCCAAAAACAGUGCAAUGUUCAGCUACCUAUGUCACAAGCUCUUAUCGCACAGCUAUGUAUUUAGGAAUUUUAAACAAUGGUUUGAAAUUAGCUUAAUUGCAGAAGAUCAAACUCUUGGGAUUUUGGGGGUUGUGUUGAAGUUCUUUUAUCAGAAUUAAAUAAAUGUUUAAGGUCGUUGUAUGAAUAGUAAAAAUGAAUGGAUAUUAAGGAUUCUAAAAAAAAGGAAGAAAUUUAAUUUGUCCAUGGCAAUUUUAAUCACUCAAGAGCUUUUCAACUUCCAGCAUGUAUCUUUGUGCAAUGCAAUUACACUGUGUAAUUAGCAAGAUAAUUAAAAAGUCGUUUCCAGAAGAUUGGAAGUACACAAGAACGUAAUUUCAUUUACCUUAUUGUACCAACUGUUUAGUAUGAAAGAAAUAAUAUAUUUUGAAAACUGGUUGGGAUUCAGCUCAGCUUCUAGUUUAGCAAAAACUCAAUUUUGAGAACAUUUUGAAUGCUGUAUAGAAACAGCACUAACUAAGCACUAACAAUUCCUGCAACUUUUAUUCAAAACUAUGGAGUACCCAUAAAAGUUCAAGAUACUUAUAUUCAAAUUAUCACAGCAAUAUUUGCAAAACCAUGAGUGUUCUGAUUCCCAUGUGGCAAACUGACCAGAGAUGUUCCCCAACGUGGAAUCCUUUCACGUUCUCUUCAUUGGAGGAAAACAAAUCUUUAUGCACAUCCAUUGACAUGAAUCAUAGCUGCUUUUUCCAUUGAAAUUAAAAACAAAAACAAAACAAAAACCUGUGGACCUGCAUCUGUAAACGUUGGCAACAUAAUCACAAAAAUUACCAAUGGUUUCAAAAUAUCUACUGGUUCUCAGUCCAAGACUGGCAUGUUUUAUUUAUAAGUUAAAAAAAGAAGUAAAAAUAAGACCACACUAAUUUUGCCAUUUUGCAGCAGGCCUUUUGUGCAAAAAAUGAUGUACUAAACAUGCUAUCACAGACCUGUAGAGUUGAAAUGGACCCCGGGGGUAGUCUAGUUCACUCCCCUGCAAUGCAGGAAUCCCAACUAAAGCAUCCAUGACAGAUGGCCAUCCAACCUCUGCUUAAAAACUUCCAAGGAAGAAGAAUGCACUACUUCUUGUAGUCUGUUCCGCUGUUGAACAGCUCUUACUGCUGGCAAGUUCUUCCUGAGGUUUAGUUAGAACCUUGUAACUUGGAUCCAUUGGUUCCAGUAGUUUAUACCUGGGUUUUCUUUCUUUUCUUGUUUUGAAGAUGGGGACAACAUUUGUCUGGCUCCAGUCUUCAGGGACCUCACCUGUUCUCCAAGAAUUCUCAGAGAUUAUAGAAAGAGGCUCUGAGAUUACAUUAGCAAGCACCUUUAGUACCCUUGGGUGCAGCUCGUCAGGCCCUGAAGAUUUGAAUUCAUUUAAAGUGGCUAGGUGUUCCCUAAGCACCUCUUUUCCUAUGUUGGGCUGCAGCUCCCUCCUUGCAUUGUUCUGUUAUCGCCAGGUUGGGCACUGCUUUCCUUUUGGGUGAAGACAGAGGCAAAGUAGGUGUUGAGCAAUUCUGCCUUCUCCCUGUCACCCAAUAGCAUUUCUCCAUACUGCCCCCUUCUCUGAGCCAGGGGUUCUUCAUGCACACAGUGAAACAUCCUUGGAGCACAUAGCUCAUUCCCUAAUUCCUAGAAGAGAAAGUAGCCCUGAAAGUUUUCAGAUCUUGGUAUUUUCUAAGCUUAUUUGAGGACAGCAUUUUUGUGGGUCUGUAUGUGUGUGUGUGCACAUACACUUACUAAUAAAAGUUUGUUAGCAUAAUCUGUAUCUUGGUUCCCACCACUGAUUCAAACACUAUUCCAUCUAAGUCCAUUACGUGCACAUUAGAUUAACGUUUAUAUUAUGCCACCUGACUACAGCUCUCUUUUAAGCAUGGCUUUGGCUUGAGAUUUUCAAGCCUACACCUGCUUCUGGUGCUUAAAUCUAUUUUCAUAUCUAUGUGGGGCUCUCUCUCUCUCUCUCUCUCUCUCUCUCUCUCUCUCUCUCUCUCUCUCUCUCUCUCUCUCUGUGUGUGUGUGUGUGUGUGUGUGUGUACACAGCAGUCUUACAUAGCUACUUCAUAAUAACUUUGCUUGUUCCAUCAUGCUAGUUCUUGCACAAACGGGGAGCAGAUAUAGUCCUACCAAGAAGCUCUGUUGUAUUUUUGUUAUGUCAUGUUACUUCUGGAACCCUUUAACAGGAAUUCAAUAAAAUAUUUUGUGGUUAGUUCA